AUGCGGUCCAAGAUGCCGUUGUCAAAGCCCAAGUCCAGGCCCAACAAGGACGUCAAGCCAAAGAGGCUGGAUGAUACCCAUGGCCGUCAAGCAGAUGUCAAAUAUCCUCUUGAUCUGAUAUCCCUCAAUGGCCCGUCAAAGACGACAACCACCGCCAGGUUCAAGAUUACCAAGUCAAAGAAAGAAACUGUCAGGCCUAGGAAGCCCGAGAACGUCACAUCAUACCAGAAGAAGAACACAAUGCCUCCGGAGCCCUUGUCGUCUGCUUCCAUGUCACGCCCGCCUUCCCCGGGCUGCGGAGCCCUGCCAGAUUGCUGGAGUUGCAGCGCUGAGCUGUGCGAGUAUCCUCCAUGCAGUUGCGAGGAAUGUGGCAUGCCUAAUUAA